GCCAGCAGCAGCCGCCGCAGCCGGAGGAGGAGCCGCCGGCUCGGGCCCUGUGCGGGGCACCAAGGGAACAGAGGCAAGACUGGCCUUUAUUAUGUACUUACCUGGUUAUCAGGUUUGGUGCCUCUCUGGAGUUCACUUUCGAUACCUGCAGGUGCAAGGCCUGACAAUGGCACCGAAUGAGCACUGCCUUCAAGCUUCCUUCCUGUAAACCAUAGGACCAAAUAAGGCGGUGUGAUGAACAUGCCACUGCAUCAAAUCUCUGUCAUUCCAGCUCAGGAUGUUACCUCUUCUAGAGUCUCCAGGAGCAAGACCAAAGAAAAAGAGGAACAGAAUGAGAAGGCCUUGGGGCAUUCUGUGAGCCGUUCCAGUAAUAUCUCAAAGGCUGGAAGUCCAACCUCUGUCUCUGCCCCUCAUAGCUUUUCUCGGACUUCUGUUACACCAUCCAACCAGGACAUCUGCAGUUCCAGUGCAGUGUUUUCUGAGUGUUGUCAUCACAGUCCAGUGCAGUCUGCUGUUGUCUUGAAAAAACCUCACUGCCAGAGCCCUCUGACACAAGGGGUCACUGUGACAGUAAUCUGUCAAGAUACGUUACAUGCAGCAAAGAGAAACUCCCGUGGGCAAGAUCGGGGCCAGGCACUCAGGUCUGCUAAGAAUGUAAAGCCCACCCGCACUCUGAAAUUCUCCAAGUCCCUCAAUGACGUGGACCAGAAGGCGCAGAGCACCAGUGAGUGCUUUGACUAUGUGGAGCGGACACGCUCAGAAGGCAAAUUGACCCCGACUCAAGAGCAGUGUUUAAGGAUUAACAAAUUUCAUCUUAAAGAGAGGAAACCGCUGAAUCUCAGGCCUCUUUCUUUUAGCAGUUCUAAGCACUCCUAUAUCCCUUCCCUUUCCAACUACUCGAAUGCAUUGGGAGGAGCAGAGAACCACAGUGCUGUACAUAUCCCCUUGCUGGAAGACAAAGUGGACCAUGACACCUCAAGAAGCAAAAAACUGUUGCGUUAUCUUUUUUCCUUCUCCCACACCUCCAGCACCAGCAGCCUGCAUAAGUUCCAUGAACUGGAGAGCUAUUCCAGUCACUUCCAAGCUGAGAAAUCCUCCAGCGUGCUGGUAGAAAGCACAGACUUCUGCUCUGAUGAUAUGGGAGAUGAUGACGUCUUUGAGGACAACACCUCAGUGAAAUUCAAAACAAAAGAGCAGCGGGCACCGCUCUGUUCAGUUGAGAAGGACAGUGACCUUGACUGUCCUUCCCCCCUCUCAGAAAAAUUCCCCCCUCUCUCCCCUGUUUCCGCAUCGGGGGAUACCUGCAGGAUAUGUCACUGUGAAGGAGACGAUGAGAGCCCUUUGAUUACCCCCUGUCACUGCACAGGAAGUCUUCAUUUUGUGCACCAAGCCUGCCUGCAGCAGUGGAUCAAGAGCUCAGAUACACGAUGCUGUGAACUGUGCAAGUAUGAGUUCAUCAUGGAGACAAAACUGAAGCCUCUGCGAAAGUGGGAGAAGCUGCAGAUGACAGCCAGCGAGAGGAGGAAGAUCAUGUGCUCUGUAACAUUCCAUAUCAUUGCCAUCACCUGCGUUGUGUGGUCGCUCUAUGUCCUGAUAGACAGGACCGCUGAGGAGAUUAAACAGGGACAGGCUACUGGGAUUCUAGAGUGGCCAUUUUGGACUAAGCUGGUGGUUGUGGCUAUUGGUUUCACUGGAGGACUUCUGUUCAUGUAUGUGCAAUGCAAAGUGUACGUACAGCUGUGGAAGAGACUUAAAGCUUAUAACCGAGUAAUAUAUGUACAGAACUGUCCGGAGACUAGCAAAAAGAGUAUAUUUGAAAAACCUGCACUAAUGGAGCCAAACUUGGAAAGUAAAGAAAUGCUUGGAGUUCACCAUUCAGACACAAACUCUUCUCAUUACACAGAGCCAGAAGACUGUGCUGCGGAAAUCCUUCACGUCUAAUGCUGGGUGGGAGGGGUGUUUCUGUAUGUCCUUGAAGAUUUAAAACGUCAUUGUUUACUGCAGACUGCUCUACCUUUUUUAAACUGGCUAACAGCUGAGUGCUGAUGGAUGAAUUUUUUUACAUUUGGGAUUUUUUUGGUUGGAAUGUUUUUUAAUCUCUUUGACAUAUCUGUCAAGGUCAUCGUGGUUACAUACCUCUCGACUUUUUGUCUCUCAUACCAGCUGUGAAGCCACAGGAUACUGAGUAGAAUGGGACUUGGCUUUGCUAUCAAGCUGGCCACUAGCGAACUGUCAUCAACUUCGAAGAUGACUCUAAAUGAUUCUGGAAUGUGGACAGAGUGGAGUUUGUUUAUUUGUUUGGUCUUUUUAAGCACGAUGAAGGAGGAUGUGUCCCUGACAGGGAGGAAAACGGAAGAGCUAGAGUCUAAUCUGCCGCUAACACUGCCACUAACAUUUUGUCUUAGGCAGCAGGUGUAAUAUUUUGCUUUACAUAUUGUGAUAAGACUUACAAAGCAUAUAGCACUUUUUAAAAUCUUUAUUUUGUAAUAUGUAUGUCAAAUGAGAGUGAAACUUGAAAGAAUGUGUUAUUUUCAAAACAUUUCUUCAUUCUUGACCCUAUUUGUUCUUCUGGAACAUAAACCUCUUGCCUUACAACAGAGCAAAACAAACAAAAGAUUCCAACCUAUGAUUUCCAAUGCAUACCCACAUUAUCUUACUAAACAUAACACUAAAUACGUCUCCCUCUUCAGGCUUCUUCUGAGGAGCAAUUUUUUGGAAAGGAUAUUGUACUUGUGACAUGUGUAUGGGGAGUAGUGAAUGUGUGGAGUGUUAGUUUUCAAUGCAUAAUGGCUUCAGUGCUCUGUUUUGGGGGUUGGGUUUUGCCUUUUUACUUUUUCUUUUUUUCCCCCAACAGGUCAGACCAUCCAUCAGUAGACCUGCACACAUAUACCUGAUGUAACUUUAAUCCCAAACCAUUGGCAAAGAGUUUGUUCCUCUACUGGCAAAAAUGUGAGCUGUUAUGGAUGAAAGAUACUUACUCAAUACAGCUGAAAUUGGUUUUCCUUCUUA